AUGGUUUCCAUGUCUGUCUCGUUCCCUCUUCCAUCAUUCACUUACCUAACCCGAGAAUCUGCGGCCAGGAGAAUCACUGGGGCAACGGAUUCCUUCAUCCUGUCCCGCCAUUUCUUGAACAUUAAGAAACCAUGCUAUAUAUGUGCAACACAGGGAUUACAUUCGCAUCGAGCACAAAUCAAAUCUGCCAAGUUCGUGUGUCAAAGGAAGAUUUCACGAGUACUCCCUUCUGAAGUUCUUAUAGGCUACCAUCUCCACGACAAGGAAAACAAGGCUCCAUCGUUCAACACUCAUUUACUGUCCUCUCAUCACAAAGCCCGCUGCUCCGUCCGGGCAAUGUAUCUGCCCCGGCCCCAGGACUGGGAGGAGAACAACCAUGGUGGCAAAGGAUCGUGCCGAUCAGCAAUGGCGAAGCGACCCCGGUGCUCCUGCAGCUUCGAUGACAGGCACGUGGAGCUGCUCGAGGAGAUGCGAAGAAUGCUACAGGGGCAAAACGAAAAGAUUGAAUCCAUGUAUAAGGAAAAUCAAGAGCUCCGUGAAAAAGUUUCCUUCCUAACAGCGGAUACAAGUAGAUUUGGUGGUUAUCUACAGCAAUCCCCUGCCCUAAGGAUAUUAUCUAAUAAAAACCUCAGUGUACCUCUUCGUUUGAUAUUUGUGAAUUCAUGCAGUGUUGGUAAUGAUAUGUACUCAAUGCAUAAAAUAGAAGCAGAUGAUGAGAACCUCCUUCAGGUUGCCUUAUAUGAUCAUAAUGACCAGAUCAUAACAUGUGAAACGUUUUCUUCCAUGAGAGUUCACAUUGGAGCCGUUCAUGCUGAUUUUGAUGAAGAUCAUAAAGGACAAUGGACUGAAGAGGACUUCCAUAGUAAAAUAGUAACAGGGCGACCUGGAAAAGAACAUUUGCUAUCUGGGAAUCUGUAUUUUAGGUUGCAAGAUGGUGAGGGUUAUCUCAGUAAUGUCAAGUUUCAAGAUAAUUCCAGUUUUGUUCCUAGCAAAAGGUUCGAGUUGGGGGUCAUGGCUGCUGACGAAAGAAUCUCCGAAAGAAUUCAAGAAGGAAUAACAGAAUCUUUUGCUGUGAAGGCUAUUCGCGGAUUCUCAACAAACAAGAGUGGCAAUCCAUCCCCACGAGAUGCUGUAUACAAACUGAGCCGAAUUGCAAUGAACGGUGAUAGGCACAAGCUAUUAGUGCAGAAUGGUAUCGAGAUGGUGCGGAACUUUUUACAAUUCUACAGCAGGAACCCGGAAGAUCUGCGCAAAAUUAUGGGAAAGAUUUCUGACCAAGAUUGGGAUACGAUCGUCAAUCAUGCUCAUAAGUGCAAUCCAACGCCAGGAAUUUACUCUGGUUGCAUGCAAGAGAGGAAUGUGUCUCAUGAGCAUGCGCCAUUUUCUGGAAGCAAUAUCAGAUCAUACCUUAAGGGAUCAUGCUCAGUGCAACAAAGUCCGACAGUGCAAAAACUUGAUGUCCAAGAAGCUCACCAGCAGAUGUCUUCAACAUAUUAUGGAAUAGCACCUGGCACAUCAUCGGAAAAUGUGUCAGGUAAGUCAAAGCACCAACCAGAUACUACUACAAACCAGAACACGAUGCCCAGUGAAGAACUUGAGGGCUUCCAAGUUGUCAAUCAGCAGGUUUCAUCCGUAGGAAAUGAGAUUCUGCCUGAUUCCUCCAUGGAUAACAAUACCUUGGAAGGCCCAAGCUCGCAGCAACGACGUUCUUUGGAGCUCGAUGCGAUACCUGAAGGUAGUGGAGUGGUACCCGGUAAUCCAUCUGCAAAUGACACCACCCGGGUGCACAUGUCAGCGCUGCAAGAUGGUUUCCUUGAAGACGAGUCCUGGGGUGAUUUUGAUCUCGCUGAAACCUAUAUGGGAGACACCAGAAGUGUGUACUUGGGCAUAGUGGGGGAUUUUCAUCUUUCGGCGAAGCACGAAUAUGAGCCAUGGAGGACUUUCAGCUGCCAGUGAGGCCGGCAGUGCAAGUAAUAGCUGGGAACUUCACCGUUCAGGAAAGAAGACGCCUUUGUCUGGGACUGGCUUUUACGCGAUUGAUUUGGUCUGCCAGUGAAGUGUGUAGUAGAAUUUUUUAUACAGAAUGAUCUGAUAUAAUGUUGUCUGCUCUCUUCUCCCCAAUCACCAUCGUGUGCUCUGCUUUCCUGGUUU